ACGACUGCUUCUUCCCCAGUUCUCUAAAUGUCAGAAGAGGAAGGACGUGAUGCGUCUUCGUCUCCUAAUGUCAUACUUGCAAAACGGUAUUGAAAAGCCUUGGCAAAGGAUUUCAUCCAUUACUGCCGUAUUUGUUGCAGAGGCUUCUUUUGUACUUUUGGAUCCUUCACAUGACCAUUAUUCAGCAAUAAGUGCAUAUCUGAUGCGUUCUCCAAGUGCAAAUAUGAAGGGUAUACCGUUGUUCCAGAAUUUUUUCUGGAGUAGCUCAACUAAUUUCAUAGCAGAGAGGCUGUGGAUCCUACGUCUGUUGUACUCAGGAUUGAAUGCGAAUGAUGAUACUCAAAUAUAUAUUAGAAAUGCCAUUUUUGAGACCCUUUUGAGCUUUUAUGUUUCUCCUAUUUCUAGUCAUGAAUCAAAGGAGUUGAUUGUUCAGAUAGUGAAGAAGUCUGUUGGAAUACCCAAGAUGGCCAGGUACUUAGUUGAACAAUGUGGCUUGAUCUCAUGGUCAUCCUGUGUCGUUUCAUCUCUCUCUUGGAGUCCGUGCAGAAGUGAUUCAUUUGUUGAGUUGACUGUUAUACUAGAGGCACUCAAUGAAGUAAUUUUGUCGAGACAUACUAUUGAGUGGAUGCAGAAAUAUGCCUUGGAGCAACUUGUGGAACUCUCUUGCAAUCUAUACAAGAUGCUAGUUGAACGUGUUGAAAUAUUUAAAGGAAAGACUCAACUUGUUAAACUGAUUCUACAAAUAGUUACAUCAGCAUUUAAGAUAUCCCAAAAGAGGAAAGUUUAUCAACCGCAUUUCACCAUCUCCAUUGAGAGUUUACUUCAGUUAUGUGAAGUUGUUGAUGAAUGCUGUGAUGGAAGGCAAAGUCCUGUUGCACAGAUUGGACUUGAAGCUGUACUUAUGAGCACCCCUCCAGUAAAUAUUCUGCAAAUGGACAAGGAAAAGGUUUCCAAGUUUGUUAGAUGGGCUACUUUAAUUGCUUUGCAGCCAAAGAUUGAAAAUAUCCACGGGCCGGAAAAUUUUGCUUGCAUUGUGAGACUGCAAGCUGAGAAAGAAACAGAUGAUUCUCUGAUAUCAAAGCUUGUUCGCUGGCUGGCUGCAUCAGUGAUUGUAGGAAAGCUUUCCCUCAGAUUCAGUAAUUCGGACUUGUGUCAUUCCUUUGACAGAUCUAAGCUCAAUAACCUGCUUUCUAUGAUGGAAUGGAAUGAGAAAAGAUGUGAGGAAACCAACAGGGCAUUUGCAUGUGAAGGAACUUUGGCCUUAUCCAUCUUUUUUCUGCAACAGCUACAAUGCACAAACUAUAUAGUACUUCCAUCUGUUGUUUCUGCACUCAGUCUGCUGCUUUUAUCUAGUCUUUCCUCAGCAGAAACAGACAUCUUAGCUGGCGAUGCAGUACAGUUGGCAACCCUCUGCUCAAAGAUUAAUUGCCCUGCUGAAGCUAAUCCUGCCUGGAGAUGGUCAUUUUACCAACCAUGGAAAGAUCAUUCUUCUGAGCUCACUGAUGCAGAAAAAUUGGAAGAAAAUCAGGCUUGCGAAAUGCUUCUUGUUGUAAUUUCAAAGUUGCUAGGAAGAAAUUCUUUAUACUCGCAGUUCUUUUCCUUCCAGGAUUUAGAGAAGUUGUGCGUCUUUGACUGGGAGAGAACUACCACAGCUCUUCCUGAGGUCCAUCUCCAUGGUUCACCAAGUUCAAUGAUGGGCCUGUGAGCCAGCAGAUUUCAACAAAUCCGAAUUUUAACCUGACACCCUAUGGUGUUGAGAAUUACAGUGGUCUCAAUCUCCAUUCAAAUUCCUAUGGCUUUGAGAUUAUCUCAGCAACCAUGGGUAUUUAACGAGAUCCUCUUCACAAAAGACGUGCGACUGGUGACAAGAAAAAAGCUUGGAGGAAGAAGCGCAAGUAUGAACUUGGCCUCAAGUAACAAGACAGUCAAACGAGUUUGUGUGCAUGGUGGCAAAAUGAAGUGGAGGGCACUGAGCUUGGAUUCUGGAGUACUUGAGAGCACAAGGUUGUUGCCACUGAGCUUGGAACGAAGCUGCAAAUAUCGCUGGAGUUUGGGCUUAAAAGUGCUCAUCAGGUUUUUGAAAUUGAUCCAAAUAAUAAGAACACAGGGAAUUGGGUGAAGGACGUAUUAGUCGAGACCAAAAACAAAGAUGAGGAAAAUCCUGAAAUUAUCGAGCACCAGCUGUUUGAUGAAUUGCCUCAACAGAACAAGACAGAAUGGCUGGUUAAGCUUCAGGCAACAAACAAGAAGGAAGGGAUAAUGGUGGAUGCGAGAAAAUUUAUCAGCCUAUUACAGCCAAUGUUACCAAAGAACUUUCUUUUGCUGUUAUGCAGUACCCCGUUUCAUUUUCUGAUCUUGCGGACUCCAAUUUCAUAGGAGGUUCAGUGGAGGAAUUGGUUGGAAAUGACAAUGAGAAUUGCGACAGUGAAGAUAGUUCGAGAAUUGAUCAAUGGGUAAUGUACUCUCUGUUGCGUUGUCUUUUGAGUUUUUCCCUUAACACUUUACUCUGUUUAAGUUGGUGGUGGGGUCAAAGAACUGAAGUGCGUAGUUGCCAGGUUGGGCAAAAUAGAUGAGUUUAUGGUUGGUGGGGAACCUGAUCACAUUGGGGGACUUCCCAAAGGAUUUUGGUCAGAUAAGGAAUUGAAGUCUAUUGUGGUAAGCAGUAAAGCGAUGGCUGACAUAAGGGGUGUUGACGAGAGAACAAAUGUGGGAAGGAGGUUGUCUACGUGUCUCCUGGAGGUAUGCAAAACUUCCAGUCAUUGCCUGUGUUUACUUCUCCAGUGGUACAACAAAGUGAAACCAUUACAAACACCUUGAAGUACCUAUUAUCUCUUUUAGAAUUUGAUAACCUUUCUGUUUU